AGUGUAAUAUAGGAGUGUGGAAAGAAGCACUUCUCCAUUCUAUAUAUAUUUUUGGUCACUCAAUUCUAUUUUCUUCCUCUCAAAACACCUUAAGGGAGAUAACAAUAACAACAAAAUGACUUCUGAGAAAGUUGAAACUGUUGUUGCUGGAAACUACUUAGAAAUGGAAAGAGAAGAAGAAGGUUCUAAGUCCACUAGUAGCAAAUUAUCUAAACUCUUUUGGCAUGGUGGUUCUGUCUAUGAUGCUUGGUUUAGUUGCGCUUCUAAUCAGGUUGCACAAGUGCUUUUGACAUUGCCUUAUUCGUUUUCGCAACUCGGGAUGUUAUCUGGAAUUCUAUUUCAGAUUUUUUAUGGAUUAAUGGGAAGCUGGACUGCUUACAUUAUCAGUGUUCUUUAUGUUGAAUACAGAACUAGAAAAGAAAGAGAGAAAGUUGAUUUCAGAAACCAUGUUAUUCAGUGGUUUGAAGUUCUUGAUGGACUUUUAGGCAAACAUUGGAGAAAUCUUGGACUAUUUUUCAACUGCACUUUUCUUUUGUUUGGAUCAGUAAUUCAGUUAAUUGCUUGUGCAAGUAACAUAUACUACAUAAAUGACCAUUUGGACAAGAGAACUUGGACCUACAUAUUUGGAGCAUGCUGUGCAACAACAGUUUUCAUCCCCUCUUUCCACAAUUACAGAAUUUGGUCAUUUUUGGGCCUUGUUAUGACCACUUACACUGCAUGGUAUAUGACCAUAGCUUCUUUAGUUCAUGGAAAGGCGGAGGAUGUGAAGCACUCUGGUCCAACCAAAUUGGUUCUUUACUUCACUGGAGCUACCAACAUUCUAUAUACUUUUGGUGGACAUGCUGUUACAGUGGAAAUUAUGCAUGCAAUGUGGAAGCCACAGAAGUUUAAGAUGAUAUAUCUAAUUGCAACUUUAUAUGUCAUGACAUUAACUUUGCCAUCAGCAGCUGCAGUAUAUUGGGCAUUUGGAGACAAUCUUCUCACUCAUUCCAAUGCUCUUUCAUUACUCCCUAGGACAGGGUUUAGAGAUUCCGCUGUCGUUCUCAUGCUCAUUCAUCAGUUUAUAACAUUUGGAUUUGCUUGCACACCUUUAUAUUUUGUGUGGGAGAAAUUUGUUGGAGUGCAUGAAACCAAAAGUUUGUUCAAAAGAGCAUUGGUUAGGCUUCCUGUGGUAGUUCCAAUAUGGUUCUUGGCAAUAAUAUUCCCAUUCUUUGGUCCCAUUAACUCAACUGUUGGAUCUCUCUUGGUUAGUUUCACAGUUUACAUAAUUCCUGCCAUGGCACACAUGGUCACCUUUGCUUCAGCCUCAGCCAGAGAGAAUGCGGUGGAGAGACCACCGUCAAUUUUAGGAGGAUGGGUAGGAUUGUAUUCAGUGAAUGUGUUUGUGGCUGUAUGGGUUUUGGUGGUUGGAUUUGGAUUAGGAGGAUGGGCAAGUAUGCUUAAUUUUGUACACCAAGUUAAAACAUUUGGACUAUUUGCUAAGUGCUAUCAAUGUCCACCUCACAAGGCCUAAUUACAAUUACCUCUCUAAUUUCUUGUGACACAUUCAGUUUCAGAUCAAACAUGUGUGUAAAGAGAUUUGUGGCUUUUGGACUACUUUUCUUUUUCUUUCUUUUUCCAUAUAUUAUCCCUUUAUUUUAAUUUUUUUUUUCAAUGUAAGAAACCAGCUAAGUGAUGUUGAUUUGUAUCAGCUAAUUAAAGGUGUGAUGGCAAUCAUGGCCACCCCUUAAUACCAACUUAAUCACAAUUAGAAUUUUGUGUGUUGAUUAAUCAUGAUAUGUACUAUCCCCUAAAUUAUCA